AGGAGAGAGGUUCUGGGACUCCUUCCUCUGGAGCUGUUUAACGGAGGUUUAUGGAGCCUGUGUGUGGGGAAAAUGAAAAUCUCUUCAGCGGUCAUAGUUCUCCUGACUAGAGCUUUCCUUGGAGAGUUGUGCCAGGCCCUGAAUGUCACCGUCAGUCCCGGCCCGGUCGCCAUGUCCCUGGAACGGGAGAACAUCACGCUCUCCUGCCAGGUCUCCCAGAAGAGGAAAGCCAACAGCCUGCUGGUGGUGCGCUGGCUUUUCUCAGCAGGGGGCGGCGUCGAGCAGCUCAUUGUCAAGCUCAACAUGAAGAGGGCCAAGUUCUAUGGCAACUACACCAAACACUUUGGGCGGCCCAAGCUGAAGCUCUUCGAGGCCAAGCAGGGCAGGACUUACAACCUGCUGGUUCUGAACAUUUCCGAGGAGGACCGGGGCCUGUACAUCUGCAGGGUGCUGGAGAUCCGAAAGAGCCAGAACCGAUGGAGGGCCGCCUCCAAUGGUACAGCCACCACAGAGUUAAGAGUGCAUGUCCUACCAGACAUGAAGAGCAAAGAGGGGAUAUGGCAACUGUUUUCAGAUGUGUACCUGUGUGCUGUGCUGAUCUGCUCAGUCGGCCUUCUGUGCAUGUGCAUGUUCACUGUGGUCAUCACCUGCCAGUACCUUCACCGGAAACAGAGGGCAAAAGCCAGUUACUUUUUGGUCAAGAGUCCUCAAAGCAGCAGUUCAGGGGAGACGGUCACCAGUGUGGUCAGCUCGUCUCCAGUGAUCCCCAAGAAGAAGAAGAAAUACAGGAGGAAAACAUCCCAAGAACACGCAGACACACCGCCAGCAAUACCUGCCAAAGCCCCCAUUGCAGAGAGACUGAGGAAGCCUAAGCUUUUAAAGGCACAGCCCAGAAAAGUUGUUUUGCCAAAGAUAGCAGAGGAGAGUUUGAUGUAUGCGGAGCUGGAGCUGGUGAAGCCCCUCCCUGAGACGAAGGCAGCCUGCACGGGGACCGUGUACGCCCAGAUUCUCUUUGAGGAGAAGCAGCUGUAAAAACAAAUCUGGAUCACAACUGCAUUAAAACCAACGAACGGAGGCCAAGGCUUCACAAAUCCUGGAACGGCUGGAGUUUAUGCUGGGUUUACAUUUCUCAUUUUAAGAGACAUUUAUAUAUGAUUUCAUAACAAAGCCAAUAUGGGACAAGUUGAUUGUGAGUUAAACACAAAGAACAAAUCUUGUGGAGGUCCAUGCACAAGAUCGCAAUAGGAUUUUUCCGAAUUCGAUGUGCUCUACAGUACAUCUGGAUUUAAAUGCUGUUGGAUUUAAAUAUAAAUGUUCUAGCUCUUCUCCAGUUAUUAGAAACAUUCUCCUGACAAAAAGCACCCAAUAAUAAUUGUGCUGGAGUCACAAGAAACUGUUGUAGAACUGGUCAUCAGGUCAGAUAGAACAUGUCAGGAGACCUUUGAGCUUGAAUAUAAAGCUUAUUUUGUAACAGGAGGACCCUGUAUACCAGGUACGCAGAAAUACAGUUGGUCUUAGUGAUGGGAGAGUGGAAAUGUUCCUCUCCUGUCUCUUCCUUCACACUAAAGUGCCUAUUUAUAAGAUAACGUACAUUGUAUUAUUUUGUUUGUAUUUUAAAACUUUUUUGUGUUUCCCAAUUUAAAAGAACUUUGUGAGGUUUAAUCUAUUUUUUUCUGAAUGCUUUUUAUCUGCAAAAGGGCACGAUCUGAUUUGUAAUUAUAAGAUAGGAGACUAUCGCCAGAGACCACAGUAAAUUACUGUUUUUUGUUUAUGUAGCAACACAUAAAAGUUUGUUCUUGAUUUGCACAUAUUCUUUUUAAUCUUAGCCAUGAAUACAACCUAAUGGGCAAUUUCAUAAGAAAGUACUUGUUCAUCUUCUCACUAGCCUAGAAAUUUCCUAUUGCAUUACCACUUACUCCGCAUCCACCCCACAUUGUAUAUUCUCAGUCCAUAUAGGUGUGUAAACAACAUUUUAUCAUGCGCUAACACUCAAACUGUCUGCACGUCAAACCUAAAUUGUUUUUAAAAUGUAUUGUUCUUUACUUUAUAGAUUGUAUUUAAUUUCCCAAUGUGCAUUAUCUUGUAUGUUUGACAGUUUUUUCUUUGUUCUUUUACAAUUUUGAAUUUUGUCCUUGAUGCCUUACAUUUGUAUAUUAAUGUGUGAACUGGAAUUGAAUACAAUUUUCCACAAAAGCUCAUAGAA